AUGGGGUCUAUGUUGAUUCCACCAAUUCCAGCAUCCCAGACGAUUUCCCCUGCUAUCUUCUACUGGGGCACCCCAGUGGUGUUGAUCACCACGGAAAACGAAGACGGAACGUUCAACAUCGCGCCAAUGUCCUCAGCAUGGUGGCUCGGAAAUCGAUGCAUGCUUGGCUUAGGAGCAAUUUCGCAGACAACAAUCAAUCUCAUUCGAACAAAGCAAUGUGUUCUCAAUCUUGCGUCAACCGGCAUGGAAGAAGCCGUUAAUGCUCUCGCGAAAACAACUGGCGCGGAAGGAGUUAUAAAUGCCGGUGAAGACACCGGGUAUUUGUACUUCAAACGCAUGAACGGAUAUAAAUAUGUGCAUGAUAAAUUUGGACAUUCUGGCCUAACGCCCAUUCUAUCCGACGUGGUUCAACCUGCUCGCGUUGCCGAAUGCCCUGCUCAGAUGGAGGCAGAACUGAAGGGUGUAUAUGAAAUGAUGCAAGACGCGGAUACGAAAGGAUUUAUCGCGCUGGAGGUCAAGGUUCUUCGGACGCAUCCGUCGCCAGACCAUCUGUCCACAAAGCCCCCAUAUUUCCGUUCAAAUUCAAUAUACCAGCACCAACCCCGUCCCCAGAAUCAGAAUGGGGCGUUUCAAGAUUAG